AUGGCGAAGAAGUCGGUCAACCAGGAACCGGCCCCCUCAACCACCGCCGUCACUGCUGAAGGAUUCGAGUUCGUCGAGACCCCAGCUGCCUCGUGCGUGAGCCCGAAUGCUGAGCCCUGCGGCGUCCGGACGACAGAGUAUCCCGCGAUCAAAAAUGCGCCUUUACCAGCCGACGCUGCUGGCUCAGACUCGUUCUCCAACACUCUGCUCAUCUCCCUGCUGGUGCUGAUACCUGCAUACCUUGCCCGCCAGGUCUCCGGUGGACUAUGGACAACCCUGUUCCUCGCCAUUUUCACCACCAUCCCGAUCCUGAUGGCCUACUGGACCGUUGCGUCUACCAUCUCUCCACGAAAGAAUGAAAAGGCCAAGUAUCCCGGCCGCCCUGUCGAGUACUACCUGAACUUCCUGAGCGAGCAUGACCGUGCCAAGUACCAUGGCAAGUCCAAGAUUCCCAUGGAGACCUUCCAUGAGAUGUAUUUUGACGGACAGGUGGACUUCAAGGGUGAUGCGCUGGAGAUGCUGGAGUACAGACAUGACUGGGCCCAGUUCAAGUUCACCUGGAGCUUGUACAAGUAUUUCUUGACUGGAAUGAUGCCUGAGGUUAUCAUGCAUACCCGAAGCCAGGAUGAGGAGCAAGUUCGUGGACACUAUGACCGUGGUGAUGAUUUCUACGGCUGGUUCUUGGGUCCACGCAUGAUCUACACCUCUGGCAUAAUCAGCAACAUCAAUGAGGAAGAGACCCUCGAGCAGCUGCAGGACAACAAGCUCGCUGUCGUCUGUGAGAAGAUCGGCCUUAAACCCGGAGACACCAUGCUCGACCUUGGCUGCGGCUGGGGCACUCUCGCCAAGUACGCUUCCGUCCACUACGGCGCCCAUGUCACUGGUAUUACUCUGGGCCGCAACCAGACUGCCUGGGGCAACAACGGCCUUCGCAAGGCUGGCAUUGAAGAGUCUCAAUCCCGCAUUCUGUGCAUGGACUACCGUGACGCUCCCAGCGUGCCCGGCGGAUACAAGAAGAUCACCUGUCUUGAGAUGGCCGAGCACGUCGGUGUCCGCCACUUCUCUACUUUCCUGCGACAGGUGUACGACAUGCUUGACGAUGACGGUGUUUUCUUCCUCCAGAUUGCUGGCCUACGUAAGUCCUGGCAAUACGAGGAUCUAAUUUGGGGUCUGUUCAUGAACAAGUACAUUUUCCCCGGUGCUGACGCAAGCACACCACUUGGCUUCGUCACCGAGCGCCUUGAGGGAGCUGGCUUCGAGAUCAAGGGCAUUGACACCGUUGGCGUACACUACUCUGCCACCCUCUGGAGAUGGUACAGGAACUGGAUGGCCAACAGGGAGAAGGUCGAGGCCAAGUACGGCAAGCGAUGGUUCCGCCGUAUAGCUAACGUUAAACAGAUCUGGGAAUACUUCCUUGCCUACUCUACCAUCACUUCCCGUCAAGGAGGUGCUACCUGCUGGCAAAUCACCAUGGUCAAGAACAUCAACUCUACUCACCGCAUUGAGGGUGUUCCGACCCAGUUCGGCCUUGCUGGCGCCCGCGAGGCCAGCAUCCAGAAUGUUGGUGGUGGAAAGCUGCUGACCGCCGUCGUCGAGAAGGAGUAA